CCAUGGAGCACUUCCCGCAGACCGUCAGCAUCAACAUGCAGCCCUACGGCAAGAACGAGGCAGGUUCCCCGGCCGCCGCCUUCAGCCCCACCAUCACGGCUUCUGUUCAGCCACAGCCCAGCCCCAACCCCCAGGACUUUGUGCUCUGGUCCUUCUUCAAUGCCAUGUUCUGCAACCCCUUCUGCCUUGGCUUCAUCGCGCUCGUCUUCUCCAUUAAGGCCAGAGACAGAAAAAUUGAGAAGGACCUGGCAGCCGCUGGCACCUAUGGGAUGACAGCCAAGCAUCUGAACAUCACAGCGCUCUGCCUGGGCAUCCUGGUUACCAUCAUGUGUAUUGUGCUGGUGGUUAUAUACAGCAACCAAUACAGACACACCUAACCCCGUCCCACCGAGGAGCAGCAGCACCAUGGCCUCGUUCUUCCUUCCCCUCCACGCCGCUCAUCCAAAACCCACCCGCCUCACUCAUGCAGCUCCUUCCUCCCCACUCCCGCUGGAUGAGGAGGGGUCCUCAGGCACCCUCCCGGUGCACCCUGAGACAACCCUCUUCAGCAUGAACCCACGGGGUGAGCACACAGAAAAUAAAACACCUUCCCCACA